AUGCCGUCCUCUACAAAAAGGAUAGUGUAUGCUGAUACCACCGGAAUGGGCAGCUGGUCCGAAUUUCCGGACGGCGUCGAGGCUCAUAAACUCGGGACAUGCUCUGUCAUGGCAAUUGUCAACGAGGAAGGCUUUUUACUCUCUAACGCUUCCUCAGACGGGUUUAGGGAAAUCCCUGCUGUACACAGUCUGUGUGACGUCUACGAAAAAAGCAAAUGGAUAUUCGGCAACAAGGAUGUGAAUGUGUGGAUUGUGUACGCUCAAGAGAACGCCAAUAAAGGACAGGAGAUUAAGUUCUUUAUGCAGAGAGUCCGGCCUGCUCGGGUGUUUGAGCAGGUGUAUAAUGGGGAAUCUUUCAUGAAACCGCCUAGUGAAGAAGGUGCUCAAGUUUGCCUGAAGUUGGUGGGUGGGACUGCCGUGGCUACCUUGCGUCGGCAAGAUGGAGGUGGGUGUCCUAUUCGGCUUUCUGGGGAUGGGACGACUGUGGUGUGUCCAUAG